GGCGGUCGCCUUGGUGGUCGCCUUGGUGGUCGCCUUGGUGGCGAUGCCCAACAUAUGCCUGAAACGAGGCAUUUGUUACAAUACUGUAGGCCCGUCCUAGCCACUUGCAGCUCGCUCUGGUUCCCUGUAUUUCAGCUGCUGCGGGUGAGGCUGACUCGUCCUGGGCGCACAGCCUGCGCCACUCGUCCUCGACAUCACUCUCGAGAGCCAAGUCUGCCUAGAUUCAACACCACACACGGCUUUACUUUCCGUUGACCUCCAGAGCCUCUUCCAUCUUGUGAUGCUCUCACACCUUGUACAAACGAAUUAAUGCCUCUGGCGGACCCAAUCCUCACCACCAUACUGCGCAUCAUCUUUCCAGCGAUCCAGCAUGUCGCAGUCAGGGUCGCAAUGCGAUCUGACAGGGAACCCUGACCUCUACGGCAUUGGAGUGAGGAUCGGUCUCUAUUCCCAAUGGAUAGCCACUCUCCUUGUCACCCUUUUUGACUCUCGCAACGAAGGAGCUUAUCGGGUUGUAAACCUCAUCAUGCAGUGCGCCAUAUUCCUCGGCCUCUGCACCGAUUCAUCCCAAGGCGGGAGCGCUGUCGGUAGUAUCGUCACACAACUACUUCUAUGCGGAUCCCUGUCCAGCCUGACUGGUAAUGGGAUAAGCCACUCCGGCUCGUUUUCGGGCAUCUGCCGCGUGUUGUUCUACAUUGCUCUCUCCUCCUACGGUUGUUGGUUUUGGUACACUGGCAUUGACGAGAUGACGAUACCGAACUGUCCCGAACAGAUUGCUUUCUUCGGUCGCACUUCGAUCAACGGCCGGUUUCGCGUCUUCGGCAAAGCGGCUGCAGUCAUCGGUCUCGUCUCCUCAGUCGCUCUCCUUGGUUGGAACAUCUUCGCCGUGGUCCUUCGGUUAAACGGCAAUUUCAAGCAUGACCGUGCCAGUCGAGCUGGGAAGAGGCCACAGGUCGAAAUAGGGCUUCUUAUGCUCUCUAUUGGGUUGAUCGCCUUUUCUGUAGGGGGGGUUGAAUAUCUCAUCGACGUCAACGACAUCUCGGGGCUGUCGGAUAUCAACUCUGUGGGUCAAUUCCUACCUCUGCUUGUUGGUACGAUAGCCUGUUUUCAAACUCUUUGGACGAUACUAUUCCAUGGAUAUAUUUGGAGAAAGAGGUGUUGGUUUCUACUGGGGCGGCACCUCUGAUUCGAAAUUGUUAAACAGCGGUGACUUACAUACUCUGGGGGAUGUCUGGCGUUAUUUGCACACAACUUGGAUAGAGAAGCUCAAGAUACCUUUAUAUUAGUACUAGAAUGCGGGUUCUUUUUACCACGGCCUUGGUUUACGAGGUGGCAAGGCGCAUGGAGUAAAUGUAGAAAGAGAUAGUCCUUGUAACCAGCUGAUUUUCCAUUUAUAUAUAUCAGAUUGGCAUGUUACUGAACCAGAGGAGUUAAGAUAAUCAAUCUAAAAGGA